AGUGAUAUGUGCAUACUUGCUCAUAACUUUAUAUUAAAUGAGUGAAAAGAAAGCGAGAAAGCAACUUGCAGGCUUUGCUAUUAUCUCUUCCCUUGUCCUUCUUCCUACUAUACUAUAUUUUCUCUCUCUAAUCAAUCAUAGUUCUGAUCUUCAUACACUUACCCCGGAAACCUCCAUUUCUCAGAUCAAGCUUGCACGAAGACAUUAAAAAAUAGAAAUACAUACAUAGCUAUGGACAAUAAUACUUGUGCCUCCUCCCAACUUGAGUCAGAAGAAGCAUCUUUUGAGCACAAAUCAGAAACUCAAACAUCAAAGAAAAGGAAAAUGGUUGAGAAAACAGUUGUGGCAGUGAGGACAGGAGAGAAUGUUGGCAAGCUGAAGAAUGAAGGGCUACCUUCGGAUUUUUGGUCUUGGAGGAAAUAUGGACAAAAACCGAUCAAAGGGUCUCCAUAUCCAAGGGGCUAUUACAAGUGCAGCACAUCCAAAGGUUGUUCCGCCAAAAAGCAAGUAGAGAGAUGCCGAACUGAUGCUUCAAUGCUCAUAAUCACAUAUACCUCUACACAUAACCAUCCAUGCCCCACUGCCAUCACCACAAAUUCACCCCAACAACCAAAAGAAUUAUCCGAAUCCGAAACCACCCAAGACCUCUCAGCUACCACAAAGGAGGAAGACCAAGAACAUAUAGAACUAGAAGAAGAGCAAAGGGAUAAUAAUAAGCCCAGUGAUGAAGUUACAAAUGAAGAAAAUUUUCAUUACUUGCAAUCUCCUAUACGUUGCUCCGGCCAAGACAUCAUUAUAGAACAAGAAGAUCCUUUCAAACUAAACACGGAGAAAAGCCAUGACAGAAUGGAUCUCCUCUUAGAGGAAGAGCCUCUUUGUUUUGCACAGCUUAAGAACUUGUCUGCUUCCAAAAACGAAGAGCUUGACUUUUUCGAUGAGCUUGAGGAGUUACCCAUGUCUUCAUCUUUCUUGCACUUUACGAGAAACAUUUUUUCCGAUGAAAGGAUUCCCGUUGCCCCUUCUUGAUUCAAGUGUUGUUUUCUCGGUGCUUGCUUUGCUAGUUUAUGUAUUGUUUUCAUCCAUGUUAUAUAUCCAUUAAUUUCAUCUAGUUUUUCAAUUCGGAAUUUUUUCUCUUUCUUUUGUACCCUUUAUUUAUAUGAUUAUAUCUUAUACUUUUAUUGGUUCACAACUAAGCAUAGUUCAUCACUUUGGCAUGAGCAGAGUUAGUGUGUAGACAAAAUCAUCAGCUUUUGUAGUUAAAGAAUGAUGGCUUGACUUACAA